UGUGUGUGUGUGUGUGUGUGUGUGUGUGUGUGUGUGUGUGUGUGUCAGUGCAGGGCAGCUGGCUGGCUGGCUGUGUGCUCUGCUCGCCUCACUGCUGGAAAUCAUGGCGACCCGGGCCGGCCAGCUCCUUUCUCCUCGGCUUCUCGCGGCCGCAGCUCUCUUCCUGCUCGCCUCCGGACCUCGGUUUGCACUUUGUUGUCCGAGUCGGUGUUUGUGUUUCCGAACCACCGUGAGAUGUAUGCAUCUGAACCUGGAAACAGUGCCGACGGUGUCUCCUCAGACAACCAUUCUAGACUUAAGAUUCAACAAAAUCAAGGAUUUACAGCCGGGCUCCUUCAGGAGAUUAAAAAACCUCAACACACUACUCCUUAACAACAAUCAUAUACGAAGGAUUCCCAGGGGAGCGUUUGAAGACCUAGAAAACCUCAAAUAUCUCUAUUUGUACAAGAAUGAAAUCCAAUCAAUUGACAGACAAGCAUUUAAGGGGCUUGUUUCUCUUGAGCAACUGUACCUGCAUUUCAACAACAUUGAGUCUUUGGAACCAGAAUCUUUCACUCAUCUGCCAAAGUUGGAACGACUGUUUUUGCACAACAACAGAAUUACUCAGCUUGUUCCAGGAACUUUCUCUGACCUUCAGUCUAUGAAGCGACUGCGACUGGACUCGAACUCAUUAAACUGUGACUGUGAGCUGCUGUGGCUGGCGGAUCUGCUGAAGCAGUACGCCGAGUCAGGAAAUGCCCAGGCUGCAGCCACCUGCGACCAUCCCAGCCGCCUGCAGGGUCGAUCGGUGGCCACACUUACUGCUCAGGAGCUCAACUGUGAGGUGCCGAGGAUCACCUCACAGCCCCAGGAUGUUGAUGUUACAUCAGGAAACACUGUCUACUUCACCUGUAGGGCAGAGGGCAACCCAAAACCACAGAUUAUCUGGCUCAGGAACAACAAUGCUUUAAAUAUGCGCGAUGACAGUCGUCUGAACCUGCUGGAAGAUGGGACUCUGAUGAUUCAGGACACCAGAGAGACAGACCAGGGUGUGUACCAAUGCAUGGCCAAAAAUGUGGCUGGAGAAGUCAAGACCACCGAGGUCACGCUGCGAUAUUUUGGAGCCCCAUCGCGGCCUAGUUUUGUGAUCCAACCCCAGAACACAGAGGUCCUUGUCGGGGAGAGCGUGACCCUGGAGUGCAGCGCCACCGGCCAGCCACAGCCGAGAGUCACCUGGACGAAGGCCGACCGCACCCCACUGCCAAGCGAUGCUCGCAUCAACAUCACCCCCUCCGGAGGGCUUUACAUCCAGAACGURGUCCAGGCUGAUGCAGGACAAUAUACGUGUUUUGCCUCCAACAAUGUGGACACGAUACAUGCUACAGCUCACAUCAUYGUACAAGCGUUCCCCCAGUUUACCACCACGCCACAGGACCAGUCAGUCCUGGAGGGUCACAGUGUGGAUUUCCCCUGCGAGGCAAGCGGUAACCCAGAGCCCGUGAUCGUCUGGACUCGAGGGGGUACUUCGCUUCCGUCCGACCGUCGCCACGUGAUCACGUCCUCCGGUACGUUCCGCAUCACUCGGGUGGCGGCGCACGACGAGGGUCUGUACGAGUGUCAGGCGGUCAACGGAGUGGGGAGCGUGAGAACUUCGGUGCAACUCCACAUCGAGCAGAGAGCAAUCCCCCAGUUUACCACCACGCCACAGGACCAGUCAGUCCUGGAGGGUCACACGGUGGAUUUCCCCUGCGAGGCAAGCGGUAACCCCGAGCCCGUCAUCGUCUGGACUCGAGGAGGAAGUCCGCUGCCUUCGGAYCGUCGUCACGUGGUCUUGUCCUCUGGUACGCUCCGCAUCACUCGGGUGGCGGCGCACGACGAGGGUCUGUACCAGUGUCAGGCAGUCAACACAGUGGGCACUGCGACAACUGCUGUACAGCUUAGCAUUGAGCAGAGAGUAACGCCUGUUUUCACAAAUGCUCCAAGGGACCUGACUGUGGAGGCUGGCCAGGAUGUGCAGAUUCCCUGCAGAGCUCAGGGCCAGCCAAGGCCAGUCCUUACCUGGAACAAGGAUGGUGUACAGGUGACAGAAAGUGGGAAGUUCCACAUCAGCCCUGACGGUUACCUGGAGGUGAAGGAUGUUGGCACUGCCGAUGGUGGACGCUAUGAGUGUGUUGCUCGCAACCCUAUCGGCUACCAGGUCGCUAGUAUGGUGCUCACAGUCACGGUGCCUGCAAUCAGCCGGGAGGGCGACACCUUCGUGAGCACAUCCAUAGAGCAGGCCAUACGUAGCGUGGACAGUGCUAUCGAGUCCACAAGGAGACGUCUUUUCGAUGGUCAGCCUCGUAAUCCAGGAGAGCUGCUCGCUCUUUUCCGAUACCCACGGGAUCCCUACACAGUCGGGCAGGCACGUGCUGGUGAGAUCUUCGAGCAGACUCUCCUGCUCAUCCAGAACCACGUCAACCAGGGUCUUAUGGUCGACACCAAUGGCACCGCUUUUCGCUACAAUGACCUGGUAUCCCCCCGUUUCCUGGAUAUGAUUGCUAAUCUGUCUGGUUGCACAGCUCAUCGCCGCAUCAAUAACUGCUCUGACAUUUGCUUCCACCAAAAGUACCGCAGUCACGAUGGCACCUGCAACAACUUGCAGCACCCUAUGUGGGGGGCCUCACUCACGGCCUUUGAGCGCCUCCUGAAACCAGUCUAYGAUAACGGCUUCAAUCUGCCGAGAGGAACCACCGACAGGGUGCAUAAUGGGUACAGGUUGCCACUGCCGAGGCUUGUGUCCACCACACUGAUUGGAACAGAAACCAUCACUCCUGAUGACCGAUACACUCACAUUCUGAUGCAGUGGGGUCAGUUCCUGGACCAUGAUUUGGACUCAACGGUGGUUUCCCUAAGCCAGUCACGGUUUUCCGAUGGUCAGCUGUGUGUUCAGGUGUGCACAAACGACCCACCGUGCUUCCCAAUCCAGUUCCCCCCCAAUGACCAACGGCAGCUGCGAAGCGGGGCUCGCUGCAUGUUCUUUGUGCGAUCGAGCCCCGUGUGUGGCAGUGGGAUGACGUCCCUGCUCAUGAACAGCGUUUAUCCAAGAGAGCAAAGCAACCAAAUCACCUCUUACAUCGACGCUUCCAAURUAUACGGCAGCUCACAACAUGAAUCCGAGCAAGUCCGUGAUAUGGCAAGUCACAGGGGGCUGCUCCGUCAAGGUAUCAUACAACGAACAGGGAAGCCACUUUUGCCAUUUGCCACAGGACCUCCCACUGAGUGUAUGAGGGAUGAAAAUGAGAGUCCAAUUCCAUGUUUCUUAGCGGGAGAUCACCGUGCCAACGAGCAGCUUGGCUUGACUGCGAUGCACACUGUGUGGUUCAGAGAACACAAUCGCAUAGCUACAGAGUUACUGAGACUGAAUCCCCACUGGGAUGGGGACACAAUCUACCAUGAGACCAGGAAGAUAGUKGGGGCCCAGAUGCAGCACAUCACCUACAGUCACUGGUUACCAAAGAUUCUUGGUGAUGCAGGCCUGAAGAUGCUGGGACCAUAUACCGGUUAUAACCCCAACAUUAAUGCUGGCAUCUUUAAUGCGUUUGCCACAGCUGCUUUCCGCUUCGGACACACCCUCAUCAAUCCAGUGCUCUACAGGCUAAAUGAGAACUUUGAACCGAUCUCUCAGGGACACCUUUCUCUGCACCGGGCCUUCUUCUCUCCGUUCCGCAUUGUAAAUGAGGGUGGCAUCGAUCCGCUCCUUCGUGGSCUCUUUGGCGUCGCCGGCAAAAUGCGUGUUUCCACGCAGCUGUUGAACACAGAGCUGACAGAGAAGUUGUUCUCCAUGGCCCAUGCUGUGGCUUUGGAUCUGGCUGCCAUGAACGUUCAGAGAGGCAGGGACCAUGGCAUACCAUCGUACAAUGACUAUAGGACCUUCUGUAACCUGACUACAGCUCAAACAUUUGAUGACUUGAGGAACGAGAUCAAGAAUCCGGAUGUUAGAGAAAAACUACGAAGGCUGUAUGGUACUCCUCUGAAUAUUGACCUGUUCCCAGCCUUGAUGUCCGAAGACUUGGUUCCCGGUAGUAGAUUGGGUCCUACCCUCAUGUGUCUGCUCACACUACAAUUUAAACGUGUGCGGGAUGGUGACAGGUUCUGGUACGAAAGCCCAGGCGUGUUCACUCCCGCCCAGCUGACUCAGCUGAAGCAGGCGUCUCUGGCUCGAAUUCUCUGCGACAACGGAGACAACAUCACCCGCGUUCAAAAAGACGUGUUCACGGUGGCCGAGCUGCCGCACGGCUACGACAGCUGCGAAAAUAUCCCUCAUAUUGACCUGCGCAUGUGGCAGGACUGCUGCGAGGACUGCAGAACCAAGGGUCAGUUCAACGCCCUGUCGUACCACUUCAGGGGACGGAGAUCAGCUGAGUACAGCUACAAAGAGGAGAAACCUGCCAACAGUGUCGAAGACAAAAGUUUACUGAAAGAAGCCCAAGAAACUCUUGUAAAUAUUUCUGCAGCCUCUAAAGCGACCAGCGAGCCUCUGAUCAGUGAUUUCCAGGACUUUGUAUUGGACAUGCAGAAGACCAUCAAAAGUUUACGGAAACAGAUUAAAAGACUGGAAGCUCGCCUGCACAACACCGACUGCACUGAUGGUGAGGGGCGUGAGCGAACAGAUGGAGAACGGUGGAGAAAGGACUCCUGCUCCACGUGUGAAUGCAGAGAUGCCCAGGUGACCUGCUUUGUGGAAUCUUGUCCAACAGUUGAGUGCAAACAACCCGUCAAGCUAAAAGGCGCCUGCUGCCCGGUGUGUUUCCAUCAAGAAGAUGUUAGUGAAAGACAAAAAGUCAACACCCACCAGGGAUAACCUCCAGGAUUACCUUCACCCCCCCACCCACCUUGAUAAACUGAAGUCUUCAAGUCACAUAAAAAUCUGACUCAUUGAGAGGAGAGACGAGACUGAUCCACAGCCACAGUUAACCUCGACAGACCCAACAACCUCUUUGUUUAAUUCUUGGGGGGUCUUUUUUUGGGGGGUUUAUUUUUUUUUUUUUUAGUUUUAAUUCAGGGGCAAGUUGGUGUCUUAAAAUGUCUGUUUGUUGCAGAAGUCCAUGGCUUGGUUUGUAAUCCUCCAACAACAAACCAACCAACACUCCCAAGGAUUAAACAGGUCGGACAAAACUUCUUCUUGCUCAUUCAGACUUAUGAAGCGUAAUAAUGGAGAGAAAAAAAACAGAACCAGAUGUCGUUGACAAGCGGGAAGGGAAAGGUAAUGGGAAGUACAGCAUCCUUUUUGAUGGCUCACRCAUUUUUCUCAGGUUAGAGAUGCCGAAAACUGGUGCUAUUUUCCAUUUCGUCUGAUUUAAACACUAAAAUACAAGCCUUAAAAGUAUUACCCUUUGUAUGCAGAGCAACUGCAGUAUAUACGCUCAGUAUUUCUUCUAACAAAACAUCAGAACGGAGAGGAUUGUUUUAUUCAGAGACUUUUCAUUUGUAGAGUUAUUUUAUCUUUUAAUCCAUGGUGUUUUAUAUAAUGUAAUUUUUUUACCUUUUUGUAUAAAAAUGCUUACUUGUGAAGAAAAUGUGAAACCCUACAACAGCAAAAAAAAAAAACGGUUUGUGAUGCAAAGAAGCAUGUCUACUGAUUUCUGCUUUUCUAUCCGUGGAUAACGCCGGCCUGUCCUGAGCUUGAUGAGUUGAAAUCAUUUUCUGUUACGGAACUAUUAAUCCACUCACAACAACGCCCUCUUGUACCGUCACUGUGCUUYCAGGAUCAGGAAAGUCAUUAUUUAGCGUAGCAUUUGAACUUUAUCCCAGUGUUUCCAGCCUCAAAAGUCAAACAAUACUGUUUUACAACUUUGAAAAUGUUGGAAAUGGUAAACUUUGAAUGUUGUAUUUGUUUGGGCACAGCUUKUUAGUGCCGCUAACUUUACCGCAGCAGUGUUCUCCGUUUGACGCUCUCUCUGUUGUUUCACUUUUCGAUGGUUUUGACCCACCGCUGCAGUACUGGGAAGAAUCUUUGCUCUUGGGGCCCUGCAGCUCUCGAGCUCCAGUUUACACAAGGACACGCUUGCAUGCGUUCUGCAACYCCUCCUUUUCUUCAGCUUUCCUCCUCUUUUCUUCCUGUAAGGAGAGACUUCGGCGUUGGGAUUGCUGACCCUGUUCUUGUUUUUUUGCCAUGUUGAAGAUUUGAGUCUGAGCUGAUGUCAUUUAGUGGAACGCAGGCUUCUCCAGCCCUCUGACCCUCAUUCCACUGUAAUAGAAGCCAUAUGAGACGGGGAGUUGGGGGGAUAACAAGGGUGGGGGUGGGGGGUGUGAUUGGGACAGAGGUAAAGCAAGUCUUCACCAGAACUUUUAUAUGUACUGUACAUAGACAAAUACCACUCAUUCGUGCACUGGCUUGUUUAAUUUGGCAUUUUUUUUCAUUUUCCUGUUUCGCUUUUCUUCCUAAUCAUGUCGUCGCGCUCGAGUUUCUUUUCAUUUCUUGUUUUUGUAGCGAGCAUCUGUUCCUGAACAGAAAUAAAGUCGGUCCGCAAUUUUCCGCUCAAGAUAUCAGAUGGAUUACGAGGGGCUGUAGCCACUCUGGUGUCAUGUCACGUGUUCAGAUAUACUUGCACAGUUUUGUGUGUUUACAGUUGUGUACUUCCCACCCAACACCCCCGCCCCCCUACUCAGCAACAGGCUAAACACAUUUUGUGGCAAGUGUUCCAAGAUCUGGGUGCCAAAGCACAACAUCAAUCAUUGAUUUAUUAAAGUUCCAUGUGUUAAUGGAAUGCACUGCUCUGCGAGACUGAACCUGCUUUACCCGUGCUGUCCCUGAAACAGUGGUCAAUCAGGAUAUACUAGUACCCAUCGGGAGUUAUAUUGUACUUUUGCCAAAGAACGGUUUGCACUCUAAUGUAUGCCUUUCAACAUGGAUAUUAAAAAAAAAGCCACAUUUGAAUUACARUCAUACACGUUGGUUCUUGUUCUUUUUUUUAUUGCUGUGCUUUGUGCUUUCGAACUGAAAAGCCGAUGAGAUCAUGACUUUGAAGAUGAGAUCUAAAAAAAAAAGAAUCUCAUGAAAUAAAUUUCAUUUUAACAAUAA